CGAAAAAAAAAAUCCCUUUUUUCUCUGCAACCAAAUUCCUACAUCUUCGCGAGCUACAAUGGCGAUCUCCAAAACCCUAACCCUCAUCGCCAUUUUCCUACUCCUCGUACCCAUGAACCAUUCCUUUUCCGAUGACGACCUUCUCCCGGAGCUAAUCAAUCUCCGAUCUCAAUCUCCUACCGGCGUUGUCCAUCUGUCCGAUCAUCUUCUCCGUCGAAUCCUUUCAGCAAAAUCCCCACGACCCUUUUCAUUUCUCAUCUUCUUUGAUGCUAAACAACUCCAUUCAAAACCCGAACUUUCACUACCUACUCUAAAAAAUGAGUUCUCUCUUUUAUCUUCCUCUUUCCUCACUAAUAACCCAGAAAACAACAAGAUCUUCUUUUUUACUAUCGAGUUUGGAGAUUCACAAGCUUCAUUUGGGCUAUUUGGGGUUAAUUCUUUACCGCAUUUACGUUUAAUCCCACCUUCAGCUACUGAUCUCAAAAAAGAUUCGAUUCAAAUGGAUGGUUCUGAUCUCGCUAGGCUUGCUGAUUCAAUGGCUGAGUUUGUUGAAGCGAAGACUAAGCUUACUGUAGGUCCUAUUCAUCGACCACCUAUGAUUUCGAAGAAGCAGAUGGCGGUUAUUAUUGCUUUAGGAUUGAUUUUGAGUCCAUUUUUGGUGAAAAGGGUACUUUCUGGAGGUACCGUUUUGCACGAUAAGCAUGUAUGGAUGGCGGGAUCGAUAUUCGUUUACUUUUUCAGUGUUUCGGGUGCAAUGCAUAAUAUAAUUAGGAAAAUGCCUAUGUUUAUGAUGGAUAGAGAGGAUCCAGGGAAGUUGGUUUUCUUUUACCAAGGAUCAGGGAUGCAAUUGGGAGCUGAAGGAUUCGCGGUCGGGUUUUUGUACACGAUUGUUGGAUUGUUGUUGGCUUUUAUGACUAAUGUUCUUGUUCGUCUAAAGAGUAGGACUGUGCAGAGGGUGGUGAUGCUUUUUGCACUGUUUGUUUCAUUCUGGGCUGUAAAGAAGGUGAUUCAGCUCGAUAACUGGAAGACUGGGUAUGGUAUUCAUGCUUAUUGGCCUUCAGGUUGGAAGUGAUAACAAUGUAUUAUUACUGGCUGAAUGAAUUGGAUGCUAUCAUUAGGUAAGAGAUUUGUAACAGCUUAUACUAUAUGUCAGCUAGCUUAAUUUCGAACCUAAGUAGUUGACGGAAAAGUUUUAGCUUUUUUCGAGAUGGAUAGAUUUUGCCAUUUAUAUGGAAGCAUUUAUGUUUGAAUUGAAGCUUUGAAAAGGGAUUAUGUACAAUUUGCACGCAUUUUGUAUCACUCUCUAUGUUUGGUUUA